AUGAUGUUGCUGUCCAAGGCAUCACUAUGGCUGGAGUCCACCGAUCGAUAUUGUAGAUGUCGGGCAGGUGUUGUGAUUUGUGGUGAUGAUGACACCGUAGUGCUGAGGGUGUCCGACUGCGGUGGAGGUUGGGAUGUUGCUUGUAGAGUAUAUGUGUGGUCAUAUAUGUUCACCACGGCUAGGCCAGCAUGCGAGGCGGGUUGGGCUCUUGUGGCAGCUGCAAAUGCCUGCAGCGAGCCGGAGGAUGAAGAUUCCGACGAUGAUGGUGUGGCGCCAUUGGCUGGCUUCGGCUGCGGCUUGCCACUGAGCAGGCCACAUGAGUGCUAUGUUGGUGGAUGGUUAGAGCUGAAUUCAAUUCCCGAGUUUGGCACAGACGCGUACUUGUACUUGAAUCGUUCCGGGAAUGGCCAAGAGGCUUUGAGAACUGAUGUCGAUGCGUUGCCGAUGCGUGGCUCACUGCUGAAUGGUAGCUACAACGGUAGCUCUUGCGAUUCAAGUGGCAUUUUGCUGGCUACCGAAUAG